AUGGCCUCUACACCUGAGAGAGGCUCCCUGCUUGGGCGGCGCAGACAAAGCAUGACAGAUGAGAGCAGAGAACAACUGGACAAGCUCCCCCAACUACAGUGCACCUCCUUGGUCCAUAUUAAAGACAAACAGGCUGUGCUAAACAAGCCCCUCUCACGGAAGGAGCCCAGCCUCCUCCACUUGAAAGCCCGCGAGAGGAUGUUUGUUCCUGGCUGGUACUCUCCCUCAACCUCCUCUAAGUGGACACAGCAGCAGUUACAGAGGCCCAUGGACCGGUCAUUCUCUGUCCGUCUACCAACACUGCAAGCCCAUGUCAAAGCUAAGGACCACGUGGCCCAGGACACGGUGUUAGUCCCACGUCCUUCCAAAUUGCCACGCUUCCCCAAGAAGAGUGCGCGACCAUCCUCCUUCAUACACUCGUCCUCCUCUCCCUCGUGUGAUAGGCCACUGUACUUCAGUUGUGUUGAGGAAGUGUGCACUGCCAACAUCCGCAGCCCCCCUGACAUCGUCUUGACCAUCCGCAACAACCCCCACCUGGGUGUCCUCUACAUGACCCCAGCCGUGCCGAAGUCUUCAGUCGAGUACAACCGCUAUAACCUAAUGACAGUAAUGUUCAGGAACAUCAACAAGGACUACCUCUCGAUCAGCCCCACUGGCGUGAUUUCGGUGUGGGAGGGAGAGCAGGACUUUGUGAACCUUGAGCGCUGGGAGCAGGAGUAUCACUACCACUGCAGGCUGCUCCGCAUCCCCACCUUUGCCUUGUUCAAGAAGUGGAAAACUUUCCGUGUCUGGCGCGCCAACGUUUGCUUCAAGAAGAUUCACAAGCACAGGGAGUUCCUGCAGAAGAAUUUGUUUAUUGUCACUGAGUAUCUACGACCUGCGCUGAUAGAUAUCAGGGAAAUGUGCAUCCAGAUCAGUGACUUGGGCCUGUGUCACAUGCAGAAGGACCAUACCUACAAGCUGCAGGAGUUCCAGGAGGCCCAGUACAAACAAGUAGAUGAGAUGUCAGCUCACCUGGCAGAGUUUCAGAAUCUAGUGAAGGAUGUGGUGAUGCGUGCGUGUGACACCACCAUGCUGGAGGCUGGAUACCCACUGGAUGACAGUUCAGAGAAUCAAGAACUGAUGACCAUUAUUCAGAUGAUCAACAAGAAAAAACAAUGCAUACGCCUCACCAGCUUUGUUCGUCUGGUUGACUACAUGGUGGACAACACUAUGCAUGUCCUGAUGGUGAACUCGGUGUCCAGGCUGUUGGCUGUACUACAGGAACAGGUAGACAGCACGCCCAAUCAUGCCAUGAUCCAAACCUGGGGUCAACCUGAGACUAUUGAUGCUCCUACCGCUGGAGAGAGAAAAAAGUCUGUGGUUUCGGACAGCAGUUCAGAAAAGCCUCCUAUCCUGCCCAUGUUCACCUCUGAGCUGAUACUGGACACAAAUGCUUUAAUCUACCAACCCUCUGAGGAGAACUUCCAGGAAACUGUGGCAGAGAUCCUGAAGAGGUUCCAGGAGACAUUGCUGUCAGUUGAUAAACUCCUGCCAGACCCCUCUUUUAAUUCAUUCACAGAAAUCGUGCUCAACAGCGGGGUAUUGGAAGAGAUAUGGAGUGAUGGCCCAUGUCUGGAAUCCGUAUUAGAAGAUGAUAAACACCUUCAGUGCAUCAUCCAGAACAUCAAGGAGUCACUUCAGUUUGCCUUUGACUCAGCUAAUGUGUACUCCCGCACUUUUGAGCGCUUCAGACUGUUCUACCAGGAAAAUGAGUGUCUGGAUCUAGAUGCACUUCGACAACAAGAUCAUGGUGUGGCCUUCUUCAGUGACAGACUCAAGAAAUACCACAGUCAGCAUAGAGAGGCCCUGGCUAUCCAGCAGAAGAGACAUCUUGGCCUACUGCUGAUCAACACCACACAGCUCAGAGACAAACUCAUAUCUUCCCCCCUCCGCUGCCUGGAGGUCAUCAACGAAAUGCUCCCCCUGCUGGCUAAGAGGCAGCUGGAUGCUAUCGUCGCUGAGGCUCAGGAUGCCCAGUUUAAACUGGAGUACAUCCCCUCCACCACCACAGAGUUUGUCAACUCCCUCACUUUCCUAGAUGAAAUACAGAAAAGGUCUAACGUGUUGGAAGAACAGCAGGAGACAAUAUGUCAAAUGUACAAGCUGAUCAACAUGUACUCAGUGCCCACACCACCUGAGGACUUUGCACUUUUCUCCACCCUGCUACCUUUAGUCAAUUCACUCCACAAAUCCAUUGACAAGGCAGAGAGGGAGAGGGACUCCAACAUGAAAAAAUUCUGCACCUGCCUGCAGAAAGAUAUUGAGGAGCUGAACCGUGAAGUUAAAAGGCUGAAGCAAAAGGCACAGGAUCAUCAAAUUCUGGACAUCAAUGCAGACUCCUCCAAAGUGCGUAUGCUGAUGGGGGAGAUUGAGAUUUCCAUAAAUGAGCUGCAGAGCCAGGCUUCCACCUACAGUUCAUACCAGAAGAACUUCAAGGUGGAGGAGACCAAGUUUGAGGCUUUGGAAGAACUGUGUGUGGAGAUGCGGCUAAAACAACUGCUGUGGGAUUCUCUAGAGGAGUGGGAUUCUUUACAUAAUGGAUGGAUGCAGAGCACUUUUGAGUUGCUGGACCUUGACCAGCUUAAUUCAGAGGUCAAUAAAUAUGGCAAGUACAUAAACCAGCUGGAGAAAGGCUUGCCGCGCAAUAGUGUGGUGCCCUGCCUAAAGCAGAAGGUGGAGGACAUGAGACAGAAGCUGCCUGUGAUCACUGACCUGCGUAACCCGUGUCUGAAAUCCCAACACUGGGGGGUCCUGGAGGCUGUUGUGGGAGCCAGUCUGACCAUGGAGGAACUCAGUCUGGCUGUGUUGGAGGAGCUCAACAUUUUCUCCUAUGGCCAGGAGAUACAGGAGGUGUCAGGACGGGCUUCAGGAGAGGCUUCUCUGGAGAUCAUCAUCAAAAAGGUGGAAGACUCAUGGAAGGCCACAGAGUUUACUGUGCUGCCUCACCGUGACUCUAAAGAUGUCUUCAUUCUGGGAGGCACCGAUGACAUCCAGGUGCUCCUGGAUGACAGCAUUAUUAAUGUGGCCACAGUAGCAUCCUCUCGCUACGUAGGUCCCAUCAAGCCCAGGGUGCAGAAGUUGCAGAAACAGCUGUCCCUCUUCAACCAGACACUGGAGGAAUGGUUAACUUGCCAAAGGAACUGGCUAUACCUAGAGAGUAUCUUUGUGGCCCCAGACAUCAAGAGGCAGCUGCCUACUGAGGCCAAUAUGUUCCUGAAGGUGGAUAAGUCCUGGAAGGAGAACAUGCGGAAGGUCAAUAGGGAGCCCAGUGCUCUCAGAGCAGCCACACAGCCAGGGCUGUUGGAAAUCUUUCAGAACAACAAUGCUCUAUUGGACCAGAUCCAGAAGUGUCUGGAAGCUUACCUUGAGUCCAAGAGAACCAUCUUCCCCAGGUUCUACUUCUUAUCCAACGAUGAGCUGCUUGAGAUCUUGGCCCAAACAAGAAACCCACAGGCUGUGCAGCCACACCUCAGGAAAUGUUUUGAUGCCAUAGUACGCCUAGAGUUUGCUCUGCUGCCCCCACCAUCUUCCACAGAUGUCGGAUCUGUGCUGGAUGCUGUAGAGGAGGACACAAUCUACAGCAACAACAUCCUGGCUAUGGUCUCCCCUGAGGGAGAGAAGGUGGGUUUCGUGAAAGGUGUGAUUGCACAAGGAAAUGUAGAAGAUUGGCUUGGCAAGGUGGAGGAGUCCAUGUUUUCUUCACUGCGACACCUUAGCAAGGCUGCCAUUGCAGACUACCAGGUGAAAUCCAGGGAGGAGUGGGUGGUGGCUGGACACCCUUCACAGGUGGUGCUGACCAUCUCCCAGAUGAUGUGGUGUCGGGACCUGGAUAGCUGCCUGGAGGGAGACCAUGACCACUUUGCUGCCCUGCAGGAAUUUGAGCUCACCAACUUUGAUCGGUUGAAUGCCCUAGCAGCAUUGGUGCGAGGGCACCUCCCCACUUUGCACCGCAACAUCAUCACUGCCCUCAUUACCAUCGAUGUCCAUGCUAGAGAUAUUGUCACCGAUCUUGUCCGUCAGAAGGUGGACUCCAGCUCUAACUUCGAGUGGCAGAGACAGCUGCGUUACUAUUGGGACCUCGACUUGGAUAACUGUGUGGCCACCAUGGCUCUGUCCACAUAUAUCUAUGGAUAUGAGUACCUGGGAGCCUGCCCCAGGCUGGUCAUCACACCACUUACGGACCGUUGUUACCUGUGUCUCAUGGGGGCUCUCCAGUUGGACCUGGGUGGAGCCCCAGCCGGGCCAGCAGGGACAGGCAAGACAGAGACCACUAAGGACCUUGCCAAAGCGCUGGCUAUCCAGUGUGUGGUGUUCAACUGCUCUGAUGGACUUGACUACAAGAUGAUGGGGCGCUUCUUUAGUGGUCUUGCCCAAUCAGGAGCAUGGUGUUGUUUUGACGAGUUCAACCGUAUUGACAUCGAGGUGUUGUCUGUCAUUGCACAGCAGCUCAUCACCAUACGAAAUGCUAAGGCUGCUAAGCUGUCAAGGUUUAGCUUUGAAGGCCGGGAGAUCAAGCUGGUGAUGACGUGUGCUGCUUUCAUCACCAUGAACCCGGGCUACGCUGGCAGGACUGAGCUACCCGACAAUCUCAAGGCUCUCUUCAGACCCAUAGCCAUGAUGGUGCCAAACUAUGCGCUCAUUGCUGAGGUGAUUCUGUACUCAGAGGGUUUUGAGUCCAGUAAGACCCUGGCUAGAAAGAUGACCCAGAUGUACAAGCUGUGCUCCGAGCAGCUCUCCCAGCAGGACCACUACGACUUUGGCAUGAGGGCUGUCAAAUCUGUGCUGGUCAUGGCUGGGUCACUAAAGAGAGAAAGUCCUCACCUCAGUGAGGAUGUGGUCCUUAUCAGAGCACUGAGGGACUCCAACCUGCCCAAGUUCCUCACGGACGAUGCCAUGCUGUUUGGUGGCAUCCUGUCAGACCUGUUCCCUGGUGUAUGUAUCCCAGAACAUGAUUAUGGCGUGUUACAUUCAACCAUCAUGGAGUCUCUUGUCAAGCGCAACCUACAGCCUCUGGCUAACAUGACUAACAAGGUGAUCCAACUAUAUGAGACCAUGAUAGUGCGUCAUGGUGUGAUGCUGGUUGGGCCAACAGGUGGAGGAAAGACCACAGUCUACACCAUCCUUGCAGACACUCUGGAAACACUCCACCGCACAGGAUACGGGGCCAACAAUCCCUUCUAUCAGCCUGUCAAAUCCUAUGUCCUCAACCCAAAAUCUGUCACAAUGGGCGAGCUCUACGGAGAGGUGAACACACUGACCCUUGAAUGGCGGGACGGUCUGAUGGCACUGAGUGUACGUGCAGCAGUCAAUGACACCAGUGAUGACCACAAGUGGAUCAUCAGCGACGGGCCAGUGGAUGCCCUGUGGAUCGAGAACAUGAACACCGUAUUGGAUGACAACAAGAUGCUCUGUUUGGCCAACAGUGAAAGAAUCAAACUCACCCCUUCCAUACACAUGGUGUUUGAGGCCCAGGACUUGGCUGUGGCUUCUCCAGCCACAGUCAGUCGCUGUGGGAUGGUCUACAUUGACCCUGAUGAGCUCAAGUGGAUGCCAUAUGUUCAAACAUGGCUUAGUGGCCUUGGAGCUAAGCUUCCAGACCCAGUGCGUACAUCCCUGCUGGAGCUGUUUGAGCAGUAUGUAGAAAAGGGUCUGCAGUUUGUGGUGAAGCACUGUGCCCAGGCCAUUGGCCAGGUGGACAUCAGUAAAGUCACUACUCUCUGCUGCCUGCUGGAGGCACUACUGCUGGGCAAGGGAGGGCUAGACCUCAAAAUGGAUUCCAAGCAUCUUAACAGUGUGGUGUGUCAGACCUUUAUAUUUUGCUACCUGUGGGCGGUAGGGGGCAACCUGCCCAACAGGCACUGGGAUGCCUUUGACAGCUUCGUCAGAGAGCAGUUUGAAGAGAACAGUGACAUAAAGCUGCCAAGUCAUGGCACAUUGUGGAGCGUGUACAUGAACUUCAGCAAGAAGCGUCUGGAGCCAUGGGAGAAGAUAAUCCCUUCGUUUAAAUACAACCAGGAGCUGCCCUUCUUUGAGAUGCUGGUUCCCACCACUGACACUGUCCGCUAUGGCUACCUAAUGGAAAAACUGCUGUCUGUGCGACACUCUGUGCUCUUCACUGGCACCACUGGAGUAGGGAAGUCAGUGGUCGCUCGAGGCUUGCUAAACAGUAUCCAGGAGCAGGCAGGUUAUGUCCCAGUCUACAUCAACUUCUCUGCUCAGACCUCCUCAGCACGCACACAGGAAAUGAUCGAGUCCAAACUUGAGAAAAGGAGAAAAAACAUUCUUGGUGCCCCCAGUGGCAAGAAGAUUGUGAUCUUUGUGGAUGAUCUGAACAUGCCCAAGCUGGACAGCUAUGGCUCUCAGCCCCCUAUAGAGCUCCUACGGCAGUUCCAGGAUUUUUCUGGCUUCUAUGACAGAGACAAGUUCUUCUGGAAGGAGAUACAGGACAUGAUCAUUGCAGCAGCCUGUGCUCCUCCAGGAGGUGGGCGUAACCCAGUGACCCCUCGAUUCAUCCGCCACUUCAGCAUGCUGUGUCUGCCCACGCCCUCCGAGCACAGUCUCAAACAGAUCUUCAAAGCCAUUCUGACUGGUUUCCUCAGUGAGUUUUCCCAGGAAGUGAAGCACUCUGCAGGGAAGAUCGUGGAUGCAGCUGUGGAAAUUUACCACCGCAUGAGCGUUGAUCUGUUGCCCACUCCAGCCAAAUCGCACUACGUCUUCAAUCUCCGUGACCUCUCCAAGUGUGUCCAGGGCAUACUACAGUGUGAGCCACGCACAGUGAGGGACCAAACCCAGAUCUUCCGUCUCUUCUGCCAUGAGUGUCAGCGAGUGUUCCAUGACCGACUCAUCAACAAUGACGAUAAGACCUAUUUCAACACCAUGCUCUCUGAAAUGGCCAGCAAAUAUUUUGGCUUCAAUUUGGAACCCACAUACUUUGUGACUAAGCCUAUUAUAUUUGGAGAUUUCAUCAAGGUAGGGGCAGAGAAAGCAGAUCGUGUUUAUGAGGAUCUGACAGACAUGGAGAAGAUCAAGGCAGUUCUCCAGGAUUACCUGGAUGAUUACAACAUGACCUUCUCCAAGGAGACCAAGCUGGUCUUUUUCCAGGAUGCCAUAGAGCAUGUCUCCAGGAUUGUCCGUAUGAUCCGUCAGGAAAAAGGCAAUGCCCUGCUGGUGGGGGUGGGAGGUACAGGCAAGCAGUCGCUCACACGGCUAGCAGCCCACAUUUGUGGCUACCGCUGCUUCCAGAUCGAGCUGAACCGGGGCUACAACUAUGACAGUUUCCAUGAAGACCUGAGGAGGCUCUACAAGAUGGCCGGUGUGGAGGGGAAAGAUAUGGUGUUCCUCUUCACCGAUACUCAGAUUGUGGUGGAGGAGUUUUUGGAGGAUAUCAACAAUAUGCUGAACUCUGGUGAGGUGCCAAACCUUUUUGAGAAGGAUGAACUGGAGCAGGUACUGGCUGCCACCCGGCCCAAAGCCAAAGAGGCUGGCAUCAACGAGGGUAACAGGGAUGAGGUGUUCCAGUUCUUCAUCUCUCGUGUGCGAGAGAAGCUUCACAUUGUGCUGUGUAUGAGUCCCGUGGGCGAUGCCUUCAGGUCCCGCUGUCGCAUGUUCCCCUCACUGGUCAACUGCUGCACCAUUGAUUGGUUUGUACAGUGGCCAUGUGAAGCCCUCCUCUCAGUCUCUCAGACAUUUUUCAUGGAUGUGGACUUCGGCAGUGAGGAGCUCAAGCAGAGCUUCUCGGCUAUGUGCGUGGACAUACACAUCAGCGUCACUGAUAUGGCUGAGCGCUUCUACUCGGAGCUGAGGCGCCGCUACUACACCACACCCACCUCCUACCUGGAACUCAUCAACCUCUACCUUGCCAUGCUAGGAGAAAAGAGACAGCAGCUAGUGGUUGCCAGAGACCGUGUGAAGAACGGACUUACCAAGCUGUUGGAGACCAAUGUUCUGGUUGAUAAGAUGAAAGCAGACCUGUCUGCUCUGGAACCAGUCCUCAAACAGAAGUCUAUUGACGUCAGCGCCCUCAUGGAAAAACUAGCAGUAGAUCAGGAGAACGCUGACCAGGUGCGCAUUGUGGUGAAAGAAGAUGAGGCUUUGGCCAAGGUGAAAGCAGAGGACACCCAAGCCAUGGCAGAUGAUGCCCAGAAAGACCUGGACGAGGCUCUGCCAGCCCUGGACAGCGCCAACGAGGCCCUCAACGCCCUGGACAAGGCUGAUAUCUCUGAGAUAAGAGUGUUCACCAAACCCCCAGACCUGGUCAUGACUGUCAUGGAGGCUGUCUGCAUCUUGCUCAACUCCAAACCAGACUGGCCCAGUGCCAAGCAGUUACUGGGAGAUUCCUAUUUUCUUAAACGUCUCACAGAUUAUGACAAGGACAAUAUCAAGCCUCAGAUCCUACAGAAGCUGCAGAAAUAUGUCAACAACCCUGAUUUCGUACCUGAGAAGGUGGAGAAGGUAUCUAAGGCUUGCAGAUCUAUGUGUAUGUGGGUCAGAGCCAUGAAUCUCUACUCCAAAGUUCUUAAAGAGGUUGGCCCAAAGAGAGAGAAACUGGCCAUGGCACAGGCAGAGCUGGAUGUGACCAUGGCAACCUUGAGGGAGAAGCAGCAACAGCUUCAGGAAGUGGAGAAUCAGAUCAAGGUCCUCCAGGACCAGUUUGAUAGUAGUGUGAAAGAGAAGGAGGGUCUAGCUAACACCAUGGCUCUGACAGAGGCACGGCUGGCCAGGGCAGGGAAGCUAACCUCAGCUCUAGGUGAUGAACAGGUACGCUGGGAGGAGAGUGUCAUGCUGUUUGAGCAGGAGAUCAACAAUGUUGUGGGGAAUGUUUUCAUCGCAGCUGCCUGUGUGGCUUACUAUGGAGCGUUCACCUCUCACUACAGACAACUGCUAAUUGACCAGUGGAUGGCACGGUGUCAAGAACUCAACAUCCCCAUCAGUGCCAGUUUCAGCCUGAUCAACAUCCUGGGCGACCCCUACAUCAUCCGCCAGUGGAACACUGAGGGUCUGCCUCGUGACACUGUCUCCACAGAGAAUGGUAUCCUAGUCACCCAGGGGCACCGCUGGCCCCUCAUGAUUGACCCCCAGGAUCAGGCAAACCGCUGGAUCCGCUCUAAGGAGACCAAGCAUGGACUGAAGGUGAUCAAGCUGACAGACCCAGGCUUCCUUCGAACCCUAGAAAAUGCCAUCCGCAUGGGCAUGCCUGUACUACUGGAGGAGUUGAAAGAAACCCUAGAUCCAGCUCUGGAGCCCAUCCUGUUGAAGCAGACAUUUGUGGCAGGCGGGCGCACAUUGAUUAGACUGGGAGACUCAGAUAUUGAUUAUGACAAGAACUUUAGGUUCUAUAUGACCACCAAGAUGGCCAACCCUCACUACCUGCCUGAGGUGUGCAUCAAAGUGACCAUCAUAAACUUCACUGUGACCAAGUUGGGUUUGGAGGACCAGCUUCUUAGUGAUGUGGUGCGUCUAGAGAGUCCACAUCUAGAGGAACAGAGAAAUCAGCUGAUUGUGCGCAUCAACUCUGACCGCAACCAGCUGAAGGCCAUUGAAGAUCGCAUCCUUAAGCUUCUCUUCACCUCCGAAGGCAGUAUACUGGACAAUGAGGAGCUGGUUCAGACCCUACAGGAGUCAAAGGUCACAUCAGAGGCCAUAAAGCAUCGUCUGGAGGAGGCGGAGUCCACAGAGCUGAAGAUCAACUCAGAAAGAGAGCGCUACAGGCCUGUGGCUACUCGCGGCUCUGUCUUGUACUUUGUUAUCGCCAGCCUUUCUGAGAUUGACCCCAUGUACCAGUUUUCCCUCAAGUACUUCAAACAGCUGUUUAACUCCACCAUUGAGACAUCAGAAAAGAGCAGUGUGCUGGAAGAACGCCUCCAAAUCCUGCUGGAUCAGACCCUGCUCACCUCCUACAUCAAUGUGUCUCGUGGCCUCUUUGAGCAGCACAAGACCAUCUACAGCUUCAUGCUAUGUGCUGAGAUCAUGAGGCAGUGUGGCGAGGUCUCUGAUGCAGAGUGGCAGCACUUCCUAAGAGGAGCAGCCCCAUUGGAUAAGGAGUAUUCAGAACGGCCAGAUGUGCCGUGGCUUAGCGACUUCUUCUGGCAGACAUGUUGUGAGCUGGAGGACACGCUGCCAUGCUUCAAGGGCAUCUGCAAGGAGAUCACCAGAACCCAUAUCCAUGUCAAGCUAGGUCGUUUGCAAGCUUCCAUAAACCCAGAGACCUGGGAGGGCUACGUGUUAGAGCUGUCUCCUCUAUGGGACACCAAAGAGGUGGAGAAGGAGAAUGAGAUCAGAGGCCACUGGAAUGAGAGGUUGGGGACCUUCCAGAAACUAAUCCUCAUCAAGAGCUUCUUGGAGGAGAAGGUGGUGUCUGCAGCUACAGAGUUUGUGAUUGUGAACCUGGGGAAGCAGUUUGUGGAAAACCCCCCAGUGGACCUGGUUACUCUUUAUAAUGGCAUGUCCCCCUCCACCCCGCUGGUGUUCAUCCUCAGCACAGGAUCAGACCCCAUGGGUGCCUUCCAGCGAUUUGCUAAAGAGAGGGGUUGCCUUGACAGGGUUAUGUCCAUCUCACUGGGCCAAGGCCAGGGGCCUAUUGCAGAGAAAAUGAUCCUAGAAGCACUGAAGAACGGCAACUGGGUCUUCCUGCAGAACUGUCACCUGGCCGUCUCCUGGAUGUUAACAAUGGAGGAGCUCAUUAAAACCUUGAGUGAACCUGACACGGUAAUCCAUGAGGACUUCCGUCUAUUUCUGAGCUCCAUGCCUACCAAAGUCUUUCCCGUCACAGUUCUCCAGAACUCUGUCAAGGUGACUAAUGAACCCCCCAAAGGCCUGCGAGCCAACAUGCGGCGAGCCUUCACAGAGAUCUCCAGCAACUUCUUUGAAGAUCACAUUCUGGGGCGCCAGUGGAGAAAGAUCGUCUUCGGAAUCUGCUUUUUCCAUGCCAUCAUCCAGGAGCGGAAGAAAUUUGGUCCUCUUGGCUGGAACAUCCGCUAUGAGUUCAAUGACAGUGACAGGGAGUGUGCUCUUCUCAACCUCAACCUCUACUGCCGUGACGGUACCAUUCCUUGGGAUGCCCUCAUCUACAUCACUGGUGAUAUCACGUAUGGAGGCAGGGUGACAGAUGUCUGGGACCAGCGUUGCCUCAGGACCAUCCUCAAAAGUUUCUUCUCCCCUCAGACCUUGGAGUGUGGAUAUACCUACUCCACCUCAGGUAUCUACUAUGCCCCAGAGACAGACAGUCUUGAGCAAUAUAAGAAGUACAUUGAGGCUCUGCCCAUCAUGGAUGAUCCUGAGGUCUUUGGCAUGCAUGAGAAUGCCAACUUGGCCUUCCAGCGGCAAGAAACCAUGAGUCUGAUCAACACCAUUUUAGAGGUUCAUCCUCGCUCCUCUGCGUGUGAUGGAGCAAAAAGCAAUGAUGAGAUAGUCUGUGAGCUGGCUGAUUCUGUCUUGUCUAAGAUACCUGAGUGUCUGGACAUGGAUGAGGCAGUGGAGACUCUGUUUCUCCAAGACGACAACGGACGCCUCAAUUCCCUAACAACUGUGCUGGGCCAGGAAGUAGAUCGCUUCAACAACCUGCUGAGAGUCCUCAGGAUGUCUCUGAACACGCUGCAGAAGGCCAUAGCAGGUCUUGUGGUUAUGUCAGAGGAGAUGGAGCGAAUCUACACUAGUUUCCUCAACAACCAGGUUCCAACCCACUGGGCAAAUUCUGCCUACCCCUCUCUGAAGCCCCUGGCCUCCUGGGUCAGAGACCUGACCCUCAGAACUUCCUUCAUACAGAGCUGGAUCACACGAGGGCAGCCCAAAUCUUUCUGGAUCUCAGGAUUCUUCUUCCCGCAAGGCUUUCUUACUGGGUUGCUGCAGAAUCAUGCCAGGCGUUACAAUCUACCCAUAGAUGAGCUGAACUUCCGCUUCAACAUGGUGCCAGCGUACAGGGACCAGGCUGUGGUCUGUGAAGCUCUGCGCAUCUUGCCCAGUGAUGCUAAGCUGGAUAUGGAUGAUGAGCUACCAGAGCCGGAGGACGGCGUACUGGUGCAUGGCAUGUUCAUGGAUGCCAGUCGCUGGGACGACGACAACAUGGUUAUUGAGGAUGCAUUGCCUCGGAUGAUGAACUCAAUGCUGCCAGUGGUUCACUUUGAACCCCAGCAGAACUACGUGCCUGAGCCUGAGCUCUACCAUGCUCCUCUGUACAAGACAUCAGUCAGGGCAGGGACUCUGUCCACCACAGGUCAUUCUACUAACUUUGUUGUGACAGUCAUGCUUCCGACCAAGCGGCCCAGUGACUAUUGGAUCUCCAAAGCCUCCGCUUUGCUGUGCCAGCUGAAUGAGUAACCUUUCACUCACAGCUAGCUUUGCACACAUGUUUAACACACACCUCUAUGCACACCAGUGAAUUAAAAGUUGACCAAAGGCUUAAGGGCUUAAGAAAUUAUUUAUAAAGAUUUUCCUGAAAAUAUUUAGUUUCUUUGUUCUCUUUUAUUUUUAUACAGUACAGUAUUUAUGCUGAAAGUGCUUUCAA